UCCUAAAUUCAAGUGUACUAAAAUGUCGGAGGAAGAUGGGGCUAGAAAGGCGAGUUCCAGGCGCUGCUUUUUCCAGCCAGUUACCCAUUGCAUUUUCGAGCUCGAUGGUCUGCUGAUAGACAGCGAGCGUUUGAGAACAGAAUCCGUUCAGAACAUUCUGGAGCCCUAUGGUCACACGUAUAGCUUCGAUCUGAAGAUGAGGUGCAUGGGCAAGCCGGACUCCGAGCAGGCUGCGCUCAUCGUAAACACCUUCAAUCUGCCCUUCAGUCUGACGGAGUUUGAGAGCCAGCAGGAACUUCAGUGUCGUGGCAAAAUGGGUUCCAUUCGACUGAUGCCUGGUGUGGAGCGUCUGCUGCAUCACCUGGAGGAGUGCCACAUUCCCAUGGCGAUCGGCAGUGGCAGCUGUCGGGACUCGUUUAGGAUAAAGACCCGCCGGCACUCCAGGCUCUUCGAUGUCUUCCACCACGUGGUCUUGAGCGGCUCCGACGAAGAAGUCAAGAUGGGCAAGCCCGCUCCGGAUAUUUUCCUCACCACCGCCUCUCGUUUCGAGGACUCGCCGGAGCCGAGCAAGUGCCUCGUCUUCGAGUCUUCUUUGGUUGGAAUGGAGGCUGCUCUGGCCGCCGGCAUGCAGGUGGUCCUGGUGCCCGAUCCUCUCGUAUCCAUUCGAGCAAGUGCUCCGGCCACUUUGAGGCUGCGAUCGCUGGAAGCGUUCAGGCCACAAUAUUUUGGACUGCCUCCUUUAUGAGACACCAAUACCAUGCAGUUUGAAAUAAAAUGUUGAAGCUUGUCAAGCUUGAGAAAUAUAGACAACAUAACCAUGUUUCUAGUGUAAA